GUUCAACGCACUGACGAAAUGACUUCAUUGAUCUACGGAUGCGAUUUCCUUUUGAAGAACAAUGAAGACGAGUCGUUUACUUAUCAUCACGAAGCGAUUGGAAUAGAACGGUACCAGUACAAACCAAUCGCAGCAGAUUCCGUAUAUCCAUUCCUUCUCGUGAAUAUAGGUACAGGAAUCUCAGUACUCAAGGUUGAUUCACCUUCACAAUUCCAACGGGUUGGUGGUAGUUCUAUGGGAGGUGGUGCAUUUAUUGGGCUGGGACACCUUCUGACUUCAGCACAGAGUAAGAUUAAUAAUUUUGAGGAACAAAUUCGAAAAGAAUUCUCACCUUUAAGGUUUCGAUGA